AUGUCUCUUGAAGAAGGAAAACUCGCAGAAAAAUAUUACUCGGCUCCAAAAAUCGCCAACCCAGCUCCACUUGGUUUAAGUGGUUUCGCUUUAACAACAUUUGUAUUGUCAAUCCAUAAUGCUGGAGCCUCCACAGUAUUGAUUCCAGAUAUCGUGGUAGGAUUAGCACUAUUUUAUGGUGGUUUGGUACAAUUAUUGGCGGGAAU